UAAUCAUACCAUGCGAUGCCUUAUAACACAUCUCAUUGGCUGCUGCAGGCCAUCCAUGCGGAGGGGGAGCAGGCGCUGCUUGAGAAGCUGGAGGGGGUGAGCCAGGAGCUGAGAGUGGCCCAGGAGACCAGCAGCACCAUGCAGACCCAGCUGGAACAGGCCCAUCAAGAAGCCGUCACUAUGGCUGAGCUGCAGGAGCGUGUCACAGCCACCGAGGCAGAGCUGAAGGAGCGCUGUGAGGAGCUGGAGGCCCUUAGGGCCCAGAAGGAGCAGGCAGAGAAGGAGGAGGAGGUCCUCCUAAAGGAUGAGCCAGUAGAGAGCCAAGCUGAGGAGCAGGUGAUUGAGACUGUUACAGAAGCUGCCACCCCCUCCGAACCACAGGAUGAUGUUCCAGAUGAGAUAGAGAUGCUAAAGAACAGUCUGAAGGAAAAGGAAAGCCAGGUAACCACUUUGGAAGAAGAGCUGAAGCAGUUAAGAGACGAACUGGAGCUUGUAAAAACAGCACAGACCAUCCAAGAACCACAACAGAAUGGGGUGAAAGUAGAGGAAGACCAGAUUGUGCAGAUAGAUAGUUCUGCUGCAAACAUGGUUGAAAUUGAACUUUUACAGAACAGUUUGCAAGAAAAAGAAAGCACGAUAACAUCCCUCAAGGAACAACUACAGACAGUGAGAGCAGAGCUGGAGGCAAAGAGCACCAAAACUCCGGAGAGGGAUGUGGACACAGACCAGCUCCAGAUCAGUCUGAAAGACAGAGAGAGCCAGGUGGCAGCAUUGGAGGACAAACUCAAACAACUGAGGGACGACAUAGAACUGGGAAAGAGCACCCAGGCUGGGUCUGGGAGUGAAACUGAAGCAGAACAACCAUUUGAAAGUCUAGAGAAGGAUUCACAGAUGUUGUCUAUGGAGGAGGAGCUCCAGAAGCUGAAAGAGGAAAUGGAGCAAGUCAAGAACAAAAGUAACGACCUCCGUGAGAAGAACUGGGCAGCCAUGGAGGCCUUGUCUGCAGCUGAGAAGAUGAAUGUGGAGAGACUGGCCGAGGCUAAGGGGGCACUGAGCCAAGCUGAAGAUGCACUGACAUCCUUCCAGACAGAAUCCAUUAAGACUCUUCAGAUCCUCUUCCCCGACAUCCCCUUAGAAACUGAGCAGAGCGGAGCGUCGCUCCUCUUGAGACCGUAUGACAUCCCACCAUUUACUGGUGAUAAAAUUCUGGAUGCCCGGUCAUGCUACCAUUACAGUGACUACGGCUAUGUGUGCGUAUCCUUAACGUCGCAUACCAUCCGAUGUGCGGUCCGCGGAGCCGGCCCACGCGCACGUCCCGUCAAGACCCAGCGCUCAACGCGACGUGCGCCCGCAACCGCCCCCGCGCCGCCCAUCACUCCGGUAUCCUUCACAUCCGACGCGAAGAUGGAUGUACGGGAAGGCAGCACCAUGCCGGAACGGGGAUACGUUAUCUAG